CACCUGCAUGGGCAACCUUCAGAGCCCCACCUCUCCCCUGCACCAUCUGCACCCAGGAGACUUGCGGUUGAGACUAGCUGCCCAGCACGAGAGGGUUAAAGGAGACCGAGUGUGGGGCAGGGCCAGCUUAAGGCUGCCAGCUACUGGCAAUGAGGAAAUCCAGAGGGCAGCAGCCCGCACUUAGACAGCCCUCGCUCACUGCCUGCCUACAGCCAGUUCUGUGUGAGGCACAAUGGCCCCGAGGACAGGAGGCCCAGCCCUGGUCAUACUUCUGGCUUUCUGGGUGGCACUGGGCUCCUGUGACCUGCAAGGGGCAGAUCCUGGAGCAUCCAGGGAUGCCGAGGGCCCCCCGUGCCCUGUCACCUGUACCUGCAGCUGUGACGACGACACGGAGGAGCUCAGCGUCUUCUGCAGCGCGAGGAACCUCACACAGCUGCCUGACGGCAUCCCAGUGAGCACCAGGGCCCUGUGGCUCGACGGCAACAACCUCUCCUCCAUCCCCUCAGCGGCUUUUCAAAACCUGUCCAGCUUGGACUUCCUCAACCUGCAGGGCAGCUGGCUGAGCAGUCUGGAGCCACAGGCGCUGCUGGGCCUGCAGAACCUCUACCACUUGCACCUGGAGCGGAACCUGCUCCGAGGCCUGGCUGCUGGCUUGUUCACGCACACGCCCAGCCUGGCUUCACUCAGCCUGAGCAACAACCUCCUGGGCCGGCUGGAAGAGGGGCUGUUCCGGGGCCUCGGGCACCUCUGGGACCUCAACCUGGGCUGGAACAGCCUAGUGGUACUGCCCGAUACGGUGUUCCAGGGCCUGGGUAACCUCCGGGAGCUGGUGCUGGCUGGCAACAAACUGGCUUACCUGCAGCCUUCGCUCUUCUGUGGCUUGGGUGAGCUGCGAGAGCUGGACCUGAGCAGGAACGCGCUGCGCAGCGUCAAAGCCAAUGUCUUCGUACACCUGCCCAGGCUGCAGAAGCUCUACCUGGACCGCAACUUAGUCACAGCUGUGGCCCCCGGUGCCUUCCUGGGCAUGAAGGCACUGCGCUGGCUGGACCUGUCCCAUAACCGCGUGGCAGGCCUCCUGGAGGACACCUUCCCAGGCCUGCUGGGUCUGCAUGUCCUGCGCCUGGCACACAAUGCCAUCACUAUCUUGCGGCCCCGUACUUUCAAAGACUUACAUUUCCUGGAGGAACUGCAGCUUGGUCACAAUCGCAUCCGGCAGUUAGGUGAGAAGACAUUUGAGGGCCUUGGGCAGCUGGAGGUGCUCACGCUCAAUGACAAUCAGAUCCACGAGAUCAAGAUGGGUGCCUUCUCUGGCCUCUUCAAUGUGGCCGUUAUGAAUCUCUCCGGCAACUGUCUGAGGAGCCUCCCAGAGCGAGUGUUCCAAGGCCUGGGCAAGCUGCACAGCCUACACCUGGAGCACAGCUGCCUGGGCCGCAUCCGCCUGCACACUUUCGCCGGCCUCUCGGGGCUGCGCAGGCUCUUCCUCAGGGGCAACAGCAUCUCCAGCAUCGAGGAGCAUAGCCUGGCGGGGCUCUCUGAGCUCCUGGAGCUUGAUCUUACCGACAACCAGCUCACACAUCUGCCCCGCCAGCUUUUCCAGGGACUUGGUCAGCUAGAGUACCUGCUUCUCUCGCAUAACCGGCUGUCGGCGCUGUCUGAGGAUGUCCUGAGCCCCUUGCAGCGGGCCUUCUGGCUGGACAUCUCCCACAAUUGCCUGGAGGAGCUGUCGGAAGGCCUUUUCUCACCACUGGGGCGGCUGCGCUACCUCAGCCUCAGGAACAACUCUUUGCACACCUUCUCGCCACAGCCUGGCCUGGAGCGCCUGUGGCUUGAUGCCAACCCCUGGGACUGCCACUGUCCCCUCAAGGCACUGCGUGACUUUGCCCUGCAGAACCCCGGUAUCGUUCCCCGCUUUGUUCAGACCGUCUGCGAGGGGGAUGACUGCCAGCCAGUGCACACCUACAACAACAUCACCUGUGCUGGUCCUGCCGACGUCUCAGGCCUCGACCUUCGAGACAUCAGCGAAACACAUUUUGCGCACUGCUGACCCUGGCUACCACUGGCCUGGUUUGCCCUAAUGCUGCCUUGUGGUCAGGACAGUAUCUCACUGUUACCAGAAUCGCCGGCCCUCGAAGCCAGUGGGGGUGGGGGUAUAGGGGACAGGUCCUAGGUUGCUCACUUCUUGGAAGCAGGGCAGUACCGGCAGCUAUGUGGCCUAAACUCAGAAAGGUGGGCACAGGCCAGGUGCCCAAGGACCCAACCAGGAGGCGAAGCACUCAGCAGCACUCCCUGCUGGCAACAAUUAAAAGCAAGCACUAAG